UAAAAACAAUAAUAAUAAUGUUUUAUCACAUAUCGCUCGAGCACGAGAUUUUGCUACAUCCACGCUACUUUGGGCCCCAAUUGCUGGAAACGGUGAAGCAGAAGCUCUACUCGGAGGUGGAAGGAACGUGUACGGGCAAAUAUGGUUUCGUGAUUGCAGUUACAACAAUAGACCUCAUUGGCUCUGGAGUGAUACAGCCUGGUCAAGGUUUUGUUGUAUAUCCAGUGAAAUAUAAGGCUAUUGUGUUCCGGCCAUUCAAAGGAGAAGUCCUCGAUGCCGUUGUUAAGCAGAUAAACAAAGUCGGAAUGUUUGCGGAAAUCGGACCAUUGUCGUGCUUUAUUUCACACCAUUCCAUUCCCGCUGAUAUGCAAUUCUGUCCAAAUGGAAACCCGCCUUGCUACAAGUCUAAAGACGAAGACGUUGUCAUCUCUGGUGAGGAUAAAAUUCGUCUAAAGAUUGUGGGUACGCGUGUGGACGCUACUGGCAUUUUUGCUAUAGGAACAUUGAUGGAUGAUUAUUUGGGUCUGGUCUGCAAUUAGGAAGUCAAUUAGUGUACAAUUUCUAUAUAUAUGUAUAUAUAUAUAUAUUUAUAUUAAACU